UCGGCUCACAUAGUUGGCUGAACCAACACAGGUCCCCGACCAUCCCUAGACGGCGACGCCAACAUCAAUCUUUCAAUCUAUCCACCCUGGUCGGCUACGAGCAGUCUCCCAUUCCCCUCGUACCACUCCGCUCCGUCAACAUGCCCGACCCACCACCGCCGGACCCCGAUGGCCGCCGUCCAGUGGAGGACUGGACAGAUGGCGCGACUGACCAGGCCAUCGCUAUCGCGAUUGAGCACCGCGACCGCGAGAAUCCCCCCGGGCAGGGCGACUCCAUCAGCGGCAGUCUGAUUCAGAUGGAUGGAGGCAUCACACCCUCGUCGGUGACUCGAACCAAGUGGUACGGGCCCGGCGGAUCAAGACGCAACUCGGUCGCGUCGUUCCGCUCGAGCUCGGGGCUGUGGCGCCAGCGUUCGAGCACCGACAUGAACCGCUGGCGCGACGUACCGCAUUCGCCAGCAGCGAGCGGCGUCUUCAUCGCCGACUCGGAGGAUGAAGGCGAGUACGCCGCUGGCACGCGUUACGGGCGCGCGCGACGCGCCUCAUCCCAGAUCCGACAGCAUCGGAGGCAGCGUGACAGUAGCGUAGACUAUUUCAGCAGCCGUGAUUACACGCAGCGAGACGACUAUGGACGACGCGAGGACGCGGAGGAACCCAGCCCGCCUGCGUCUCCGACCGUACUGCAGCGCGUCACCAGUUUCCUCGGCGGGCGGCGGCGAACCGAUGAUGAGGAGGCGGGCUUCGUCAACCGCCGCGUCAGCGUCGAUUCGGUCGGCUCGAACGUUUCCAUCCGCUCGCGCGCCAUGCGCUCCGAGUCGCCAGUCUCAUCACUUGACAGCUGGGGCUAUGGCGGCGAGGAUGACGAUGAGCUCAACGAGGGCUAUUCUAGCAGCUUGGCCGACGACACCUCACUUCCGCCUCAGUCGCGGCCCGGCAGCCCGCACCUCCCACUCGUCCCCGUGCCCGGCGACGACAUCUUCGGCCAGUCAACCAUGCACUUCGACGAGGAGCCCAAAGAGUUUGAUGAGUCGACGGUUCCAUCACGGCAGACGAUCCUACUUCCUGACGAAGAUCUAUCCAUCCGCUUCACUUGCUACCGCACGGACGCGUUCCGCAACGUUCUGUGGUGGAUCGGCUGCAUCUGCACGCUCGGUGCGCUUGGCCUCAUCGGGCGCUGGAUCCCCCGUAUGUGGGUCCGCUUCACAGGACGCGAGACUUCUUUUGAGGACGCAAAGGAGGGCGCGUGGCUUGUUGUCGAGACCCCAUACGGUGACCUGCACAUCGUAGAUCUCCAGGUUAUCUCUUACCCACACCCUCUCUCUACCGUCUUCCCGGAGUUGGUGAGCGUGCCGCCCUCUGUACUGGAGUCGCGAGCCGCAUCUCGUGCUGGCAGCCAUGUUGACCCGCCGCUACCCAUUACUGGUGAUGUGGAGCUUGGCAAGACGACAUGGGAGGAGAAGACCGGCCAUCUCAAGGUAAUGGAGUACCGCUACACCCGCUUUGCCCUCAACCCUGUCACUGGCGCGUGGUGCAUGAUCCGUGAUUGGCGCGACCCCAAGUGGACGUCGGCGCGUGCCGUCGCGAACGGUCUCAACACGAGCACGCGUGAUCAGCGCCGCACGCUCAUGGGCGAGAACAACAUCGACAUUGCCGGCAAGUCGAUCACGAGCCUGCUCAUGGAUGAGGUCCUGCACCCGUUCUACGUCUUUCAAAUCGCCUCCAUUGUACUCUGGUCUAUCGACGACUACUACUACUAUGCCUUCGCGAUCGCGCUCAUCAGUGUUACGAGUAUUCUCUCGACGCUCUUCGAGACCAAGCGGACCAUCGAGCGCAUGCGCGAAAUGUCUCGCUUCCACUGCCCUGUCAACGUGCUUAUCGACGGAGAGUGGCAGAUCGUCGACUGCGAAAACAUGGUACCUGGUGACAUCUUUGACGCCUCGGACCCGGAGCUCACCGUGUUCCCAUGUGACGCGCUCCUGCUCUCGGGCGAUGCCAUCGUCAACGAGUCGAUGCUCACUGGAGAGUCGGUUCCAGUCAGCAAGGUGCCCGUCAAAGACGACGCGCUGCGCGCCAUGUCACAUGAGCACAAGGACGGCAGCUCCGACAUCGAUCCAGAGCUCGCCAAGCACUACCUCUUCAGCGGCACGAAGAUUAUCCGUGUCCGUGCGGGUGCACGUCCCGUCUGGGCCCCGCCCAGCGAGGAGCCCAUCGCGCUCGCCAUGGUUACUCGCACCGGCUUCGACACGACUAAGGGCGCGCUUGUGCGCUCGAUGCUCUUCCCGAAGCCGCUGGGCUUCAAGUUCUACCGCGACUCGAUGAACUUCAUCGGCGUCCUCGCCAUGAUUGCCGGGGCCGGCUUCGCCGUCAGCGCGAUCGGCUUCAUUGAGAUGGGCAUUGCCUGGCACACGAUCAUCGUGCGCGCCCUGGACCUGAUCACCAUCGUGGUGCCACCCGCGCUGCCGGCCACGCUUACCAUCGGAACGACAUUUGCUAUCGAGCGGCUGCGCAAGUCGGGCAUCUUCUGCAUCUCGCCCAACCGCGUCAACAUCGGUGGCAAGGUCAACGUUGUCUGCUUUGACAAGACGGGUACUCUCACGGAAGAGGGCCUCGAUGUCUUGGGUGUGCGUACAGUCGACCGCCUCGAGGGACGAUUCUCGGAGCUGCACGCCGACGUCGAGGACGUGCCGACGCAGGGUGGAUCUAACGGUCGCACUCCUCUGCUUUAUGCGCUUGCAUCUUGUCACGCGCUCAAGCUCAUCGACGGCGAGGUGCUGGGCGACCCUCUGGAUAUCAAGAUGUUCGAGUACACGGGUUGGUCGCUGGACGAGGGUCAGUCUCGCACGGUCAAGGGCAGCGGCGGCGGAGCCGAGCGCACGCAGACCCUUGUCCAGAUGGUGGUGCGGCCGCCAGGCUCGGAGCAGUGGCGUAUGGAGGACGCCCACAGCAACGGGCGUAACCUGGAACUUGGUGUUAUCCGGUCGUUCGACUUCGUUUCUGCACUGCGCCGCAUGACGGUCAUUGUCAAGCGGCUUAAGAGCACGUCGAUGGAGAUCUACUGCAAGGGUGCCCCUGAGGUCAUGCCGGAUAUCUGCGACCCUUCCUCAUUCCCUAACGAUUACGAGGACAUGCUUAGCUACUACACGCGUAACGGCUACCGUGUAAUCGCAAUUGCGGGCAAGAGCGUCGAGGGACUGACAUGGCUCAAGGCGCAACGCAUGCGCCGCGAAGUGGCCGAGCACGACCUGCAGUUCCUCGGCUUCAUCGUUUUCGAGAACAAGCUUAAGCCGGGCACGGCGCCAAACAUCCACACGCUCCGUGCCGCCCACAUCGCGUGCCGUAUGGUGACGGGUGACAAUGUGCGCACGGCGAUCAGUGUAGCGCGUGAGUGCGGUCUCAUCUCGCACUCGGCCAGCGUAUAUAUUCCCACCUUUGUGCCCGGCACAGGGAUGGGCGAGGAAGCGAUGCUGGACUGGACCUCGGUCGACGAUGAACGGCACCGCUUGGACGAGUACACGCUCAAGCCGCUGGCGGACGAAAACGAGAACCUCGACGAUGACGACCUACCGGACUACCAGCUUGCGCUGACGGGCGACGUAUUCAAGUGGAUGCUCGAGUGGGCGCCGCUGGAGACCAUGAACCGCAUGCUCGUCAAGGGGGUAAUCUUCGCGCGCAUGAGCCCUGACGAGAAGGCCGAGCUCGUCGAGCGCCUCCAGGGACUGGGGUACACGGUGACGUUCUGCGGUGACGGCGCCAACGACUGCGGUGCAUUAAAGGCCGCCGACGUCGGCGUGUCGCUCAGCGAGGCCGAGGCGUCUGUCGCCGCUCCCUUCACAAGCAGGACGCCGGACAUUUCGUGCGUCGUCGAGAUCAUCCGCGAGGGCCGGUGCGCGCUCGUCACCUCCUUCUCCUGCUUCAAGUACAUGGCCCUCUACUCCCUGAUCCAGUUCACGACCGUGACGCUGCUGUACAGCUUUGCGUCGUCGCUUGGUGACUUCCAGUUCCUGUACAUCGAUCUGUUCAUCAUCAUCCCGAUCGCCGUGGCCAUGGGCCGCACGCUGCCGUAUCCCAAGAUACAUCCGAAGCGGCCGACAGCGUCGCUCGUGAGCAAGAAGGUGCUCACGAGCAUUAUCGGGCAGACGGUGAUCAAUGCGGGCAUCCAGGGCCUCGUGUUUCUGUGGGUCCGCCGGCAGCCGUUCUACGAGAAGCCCGUCGUUGACAGCGACGAACUCGAGACCUUUAACUACGAGAAUACCAGUCUGUUCCUCGUCUCCUGUUUCCAGUACAUUCUGGUCGCGGGCGUCUUCUCCGUCGGCCCGCCCUACCGCCUGCCCAUGUACUCCAACCCGAUCCUCAUGGCCUUCUUUGUCGCGCUGACCGGCUUCUCGACGUAUGCGCUCCUGGCACCAGACAAGGUCGUUGCCCGCAUUCUCGACAUCAUCGGCUUGCCCACAUACUACAAGGUACAGCUGCUCGCCGUGGCAGUCGUCAAUAUCGCGCUGUGCUUCGGGUUCGAGCGGUACGCCGAGCGGCCCAUUGCGCGCUCCAUCGCACUUGUCAAGCGUUGGAACCGCCGCAGGCUGGGACGCAAAAAUCACCCCGACAACCACUACAAGGCGAUCGAGGGGAGCAUGCGGUAA